GUUUUGUGCCGCACACUUCGAGAUCCAAAAUUUUAUCCACACUAGAGCACAGCUUAUCCUCGUGGUCGCGGACCCAUUCUUUAUUUACCGAAUUUCCAAGAUACCAUGGGUGCCUAUCUGGCUAAACCAAAAACAGAGAAGAUUUCUGAAGGCAGUGAAAAUGGAAAUGUUAGUUAUGGAGUGUCCUGUAUGCAAGGAUGGCGUGUAACUAUGGAGGUACAGUACAGCUGAACUAGCUGACCUUCGACGGGAAAUCAUAUGCAUGAGAUAAAUAAGCGUGUUUUAAACAAGGAAUGUAAAAAGUUGAUCAUGUAGCCUACUGGUAUAUUGUUCUAGUCAUUUUAGCUUUCUUCAGCUAGAGCCAAUGGCAUUUAUUAAAUAAGAUUACAAUCGGCCACUAUGAAAAUCAGCCAACGAAAUUUAACUUGAAACCAUUUGAAGCCUACGAGACAGAAAAUGCGAUGGUUUUGUUUAUUUGAAAAGCAAACUUUAAAUUAACUAAAUCUAAAGUAAGUCGCAUCUCUGCAGCUUCUUUUUUACUUGACUUCGACCGCUGAACUGGUUUGAAAUGAAAAUGAACCGCUGUCUUUCCAUGUAACAUUGAUCGAGCGAGAUUGGUUUUAAUUUCAGAGAGAACCAAACAUAACAAAAUUUAUAUUUCGUUCGAUAAAAUCAAUUGUAUCCUUGAUGCAGAGGUUUUUAGUCAAUUAAUAUAUUAUUUAAGUAGCUUGGAUGGCGAUUCUUUGUGUGAAAAAAGGCACGUAGUGUGUAAUUUGAACAUUGAAACAAUGUUGCAGAAAUGCACAAAUGAACAUAUGGUUUCACUGAAUGUAUGCUAUAUAAAUGACAGGAAUUCUGAACUCAGCAUCAACUGUAGCCGUGGAUAUUAGUGUUGAUCAGGAAUUCUUUUUGUUGUACAGGAUGCCCACACAUGUAUGCUUGAUUUUGAUGAAAACUCCACACUGUUUGCUGUUUAUGAUGGCCAUGGAGGUAAAAUACAUCCUAAAAUCUGUGGUGUAAGCCCUCCUGGCUUAUACCUAUUCCAUGUUAUGAAGGACUCCAGAAGGUUAUCUUUAGGGUGAGGGAGCUGAUAAAAAGGAAGGGGGGGGGGGGUUGAGGUGAAAGGAAUAAAAGAACCUCAUGGAACAAAAUAAUAAUUUUGUUAGUUAUUUCACUACAAGAGAAACCUCAAACCUUCUCUUAAAUUGUGACUGGAGUAUGACAAAGCAAUAUUGGACUUUGAUCUCAGUUUUGCUUUCAACAGUGAUGAGUUUUAUUGUUAUUUUCUAUGGGUUAUAAAUGGGUUACUUGUUAUUAGAGGAGCACCUUUCUCAUGGUUGUGUGAAAAGAAACAGGGAUAUAUUUUAAGGGUCAUUUGUUAUUGGGAUUUUGCAAGAUGAUGACAAUUUUUUUGUGAAAUUGUUUUCUACGGAUGGUUUUAUUCAUAGGUUAUACAUACUGCUUAACUUUUAUUUUGUUUCUUGGUUAGGGUCUGAGGUAGCACAGUACGUAGCAAAGCACUUCCCAGAAGUACUGAAAAGAAUGGGAACUUACAAGAAAGGAGAAAUUAAACAGUCAAUGAUUGAUUCAUUUUUGGAAAUGGAUCAACAAAUCAUCAGCGAGGAGGUUGGUAAAAAAAAAUCAGUUAGGCAGUUAGAACUUCAUCUCUUUGAUAAUAUUGAAGAACAUGUUAGAAUUUUAUUGUAAUAACUGGAAUAUUUUACUGUAAUAUAAGUAUUUCAUCGAACGUAUUGUAUGUAUUGCAAGUAACUGUAUGUUCAGCAAGUAAUGGAAGUAGGGUAUUGCAUUGUUAAUAGUUUGAGUAGCCCAUAAUGCAAGUAAUUGUAUUUUCUGCAAAUGAUUUAUUCAGUUACUGUAUUUUAUUGCCAGCAUAAGUAACCGUAUCGUAAGUAAUGUAAAUAUUGUUCUGUAAGUAGAAUAUUGUAACGAGACCUGCAUUGUUAGUAGGGUAAUUGUGUUUUGUAGAUUGAAAUUGUUAAAAAAAAACAAUAAAAUUAAUAAAUAAACAUAAUCAGUUCUUAUAAGAUCAGUGCUUUUCAAGUUACUUUUCUUUCAGAAAUAUCAUCUUUACAAAAAUGCUAGGAUUAUUUUGAGAGGAUGUCAGCCUCAGCUAAAAUUCCCCUACCUAGUUAACAUACCAUGUAAAGGUUUCCUUACCUGACUGGUGUUUGGAGAUUGUUUUCAUAUGAGUUUUGUUCAUUUUCAGGGUCUUGCAGAACUGAAAGAACUAGCAGGGCUUGAUAAGGACCUUGAUGAGGAAGAAGAUCUUGGAAUGUUAGAAAAAGAAGCAACGAUGCCAUUGCGUGAAUUGCUGCUGAAAAUGAAAGAGGUUGGUAAAAAUAAAUACAAUAUUUAAUGGAAAAGUAAUGAAUGUAAGUGUUUUUUCUUCUAUAAGUGUCUAGUUCUUUUUGUCCUCGUUGGUGUGUCGGUGAUAACUCGUCAGCCUCAUAACUGUCCUUACUAAACAAAACCUUAAAGUUUGUAAAGCAUUUAUAUCAUGUGAAUGUGGCUUAUUUAGUUGAGUGUGGCUUAUUCAUAAUGUCAUUACAUUGUCCUGCACUAAUUUUUUUUGUUGUUGCCAACACAACAGAUUAAGAAAGCAGGAGGUGCUAAUGAAGAUGAUGAAGAUGUUGAAUACUGGACAGAAAGUAGCGAAAAAGAUGCAGAUGAAGAACAUGAUAAUCAGACUGAUGCAAAGAGUGGAAAUGGUAAAUAGCAUUUGAAAAUGGUAAAUGGUAAAUGGAAAUGAUAAAUAGCAUUUCUUAUUUUUCAUGAAUAAUUGUGGACAAAGUUUUUGACAUAGUUAAGUUUUUCAAGGUUUGACAGGUUGUUUCUUUUGACCUGAAAUUUGCAGCGAUUGGCCUUGGCUGCUCUCUACUGGGAACUAAUCUAAAGAGUCAAGACUUAGCUAAGAGACCCACACUGCCUGAGAUUAUCUCAGUUUCUAUAGCAUGAAGGGACUUGAAGUGUUACUACUCCCAGUCAGUUAUUCAGGUGGUCCAUCAGUCAAUCAGUCAGUCUAUCAGUCUGUCUCUCUGUUAGUAAGUCAGAAUCUGUUAGCUUUAUCCAGGAAGAUUAUUAAAAUUCUAUUUCAAGGUCAUUUCUUGUUUUCAAGAGGAAAAUUUCAGCUUUCUUGUCUAACUGUUUCUUCAGAGGAAGGAGAAGAUAAGGUUAAAGAAAAUGGCUCACAGAAUGGAGAAGAAGGCUCCAUGUCUAGCACAAAUUCUACUCAAGAUGUUGCUAACAAUGAUAAGGAGAAGGAAAAAAGAGAUUUGGAUAAUGAGAGUAAGAAUGAGGAACAACCUGAACAAGAAGAAGCUGAAAACAAGUGUUCAAGUAUGGAUGGGAAUAGUCACAAUGAAAAAGAAUUUGCUGGUGCAUCAGCUGGGACUGAAGAUAAUAAUGACGAUGACAGUGAUGAUGAUGAUGAUGAUGAUGAUGACGAGGAUGACGAGGAGGAGGAUGAUUCUAAUGAUGAUGAAGAUGAUGCAGAUGAUGGCAAUGAAGUUCCUCCAGGCUCAGAUGAGGUGAAUAGAGGUUGUUUUUAUCAUUUUCCCCAAGGGCUAAAGGUGACUUCCUACCAAGAAUCAGAAGGAGUCUCUAUCCCUUCAUCCCUGCCCCCACUCUCUCGGGGGAAGGCAGGUACAGCUAGACCCUUCAAUGGAGAAGGAGAAACUCUUAAGAACUCUUUUUGACACAGCUGCUAUGUAACUUAAACCAGCGUUUUUGACGAACCACUGGUUGUUUAGACAUAUCUGCUUCUUUUUUUUUAGGUUGGAUAUGACAGUGGCACUACAGCAAUUGUAGCUUUCUUACAGGAGAAUCAAUUAACUGUUGCCAACGUUGGUGAUUCACGUUGUGUUUUGUGUAGAAAUGGUAGGGCUUUAGAAAUGUCCAUGGACCACAAACCCGAGGAUGAACAUGAACUUAAUAGAAUCCACAAAGCAGGCGGAAAAGUAACUUGUGAAGGAAGAGUCAAUGGAGGGUUAAAUCUGUCCAGAGCAUUAGGUUUGUUGAGAGAAUACCCUGUGUAAUUCUGUAAUUGAAGGAGCUGAAUUCAUUUUACUGAGUUCUGUGGUUGGUCAAGAAAAUUUGCACAAUGCUCUGGACCUAGGAGAUGCAAAACUAAACCCAAUAGCCAUUUGAUCACUGGCAUUCAUCUUGCUUGUGGCAACUGGCUUGUGUUUACUUUGAGUUCCCACUGGCUGCUUGUCAUGUUUACUUUUGUUCUGAUUGAUUUUUGUAAUUAAGAAGUAUUUGGUGUAGAGAUAUUCUGUCUUCUUCAGCUAAUUACAAAGCAUUUGGUGUAGAGACACUUGGUCUCCUUCAGCUACAAGGUGACUGUGAAAAAGGGCUCUUAAGGUGUAUGCAACCAGACAUAAACUAUUGGACUAAGUAGAACUUUGAACUGUAGUGUACACAGUUGUGUCAGACUGACAAUUGAUUAGGUGAUAUGGAAGUCCAAGUUUUUGAACAACUCACAACCUUGCAGUCUUUAAUAUUGAAUUUAGAAAAAAAAAAAAAAAGAUGCAAAACAUUUCUUAGUUUUUUUUGUUUUUGUUUUUUUUGAGGUUUUAUUAUUUUUUUUGUUUGUUUUGUUUCAGGUGAUCAUAGUUAUAAACUACAAACAGAAUUAUCCGCACAUGAACAGCAAAUCACUGCAAUGCCUGAUGUCAAACAAACACAGUUAACUGAGUAAGGGCUUUGCUAAACUAUAAAGUAUAUUAUGUAUAAUUCUUUUACCUGCUCAAUUUUCUUUAGUUGUUACUGAUUUGAGACACUUUUCUUUCAGAGCUGAUGAGUUUAUGGUAAUCGCUUGUGAUGGAAUAUGGUAAGUAAUACUACUGUCCAUAUUACUAGUGCACUAGACUCUAGAUUGAUAAGUCUGUGUUUAAACCUUGAGCUAAGGGUAGACAAGGUAGCUUAACGCUUAGUGUACUGGACUCCAGAUUGAGAGAUUCGGGUUAGACACGUGGCGGGUUAUUUUGGGGUGUCCUUACGCGAGACACUGUACUCUCUACAGCUAGGAGUAUAAGUGUUAGAGGUGAAUUGUCAGGAAGCCUUGUUAAAUUUUUAAGGAGUAACAUUGCUAUGGAUCAGUAUCCCAUUUAGAGAAAGUACAAAAAUACUACGUGUCGCUUCAUGCUACAGAAACUGAGGUAAGCUCUGCAUGGAUGGGAUACUGCGCUCACUUGCAGACUUAAUUAACAUUCACAUUGAGCCUCUAGCCCUUUCCGCGUGUUGUGUUCCUGAGCAAAACACUCUUUUUCCCAAAGUGCUUCUCUCCACCCAGAAGUAUACAUGGACUCUAACGAGUAGUCAGAGAAUGGAUGCAAUAGAUUAGCACUCCGUCCAGACAGAGAAGCAACAUUUCUAGAACACUUCAUUCUUUCGAUUCUUUCUUCAACCUCCACAGACGGGCUUCUAGGCGUGCAAAACGUACCUAACUUGUGUACCCUUUGUAACAAAUGUAAGUUUUGAGUUAAGAUGAUUCCUUCAAGGCCUAAUUUUUUUGUCCUCUAGGAAUGUGAAAGGAAGUCAAGAAGUGGUAGAUUUUGUGUCAGACAGAUUACGAGAACAGAGGAAGAACGGUAAACCAAACCUUACACAGAUUUGUGAAGAGGUAAACCUACCUGUUUAUUCACUAAAGGGUUUGAAGCGAGGGGGGAACCAGCUAGUCCUGAGAAAGACUGGUGUCGGUAGCAAUGACUGACAACCUAAAGUUAUUACCUCGUAGUUGAGUGUAUUGAGUCAGCUUUACAUUUAAAAAAAUGAUUGGUCAGUUAUAUGGGCAAGUUAGACUUGAUUGGCAUAAAUUUGUUAUGAUUUAUUAAUGGUAAUCCUUCGGUGGAGAUAGGGUACUCUGCAUCAUUGACAACUAUUCAGAACGCUCUGCUCCAAGGCAGCAAACUAGUUUUCUAAGAUCAGUCGUGUGGUCCGAGUCUCAAUCAAUGCUGUAUAUGCGUAUAGUCAGCCGUGUGAUCGUUCUAUGGACGUAGCUUUGUAGAGUUGUAGGAUCAGCGAGGUGGUUUCGGACACGCCCUUUAUGAAGGGCAUAGUCCUUGUAUUCUUAGAAGUUUCGUUGACGUUCGUUUUAGAAAUUUCAGUAAGUUUCUAGUCUGAUGGAGUCUUUGUAGUUCUUGGAAGAGACACAGAAAGGUAUCCGGUGAGUUGCCUGCUCAUUGUCGAUUGAAAAUAUCCUUGGCAUCAUAUGUGUGGCUUGAGAGUGCGUUUUACCUCACAAUUACUUUUAUUGCACUUUUUUUUCAGUUACUCGAUUCUUGUUUGGCAUCAGAUACCGCAGGGGACGGGUCAGGGUGUGAUAACAUGACCACCAUUAUAGUGCUUUUUAACUCUGCUGGUAAAACAGAUCAAAACAGUAAAAAGAGGAAACUGCAGAGCGAAACGACCGACGAGGAUUCCGUGGACAAGCGACUCAAGACGGACGACUCAUGAUUCAUACGUAACCGUACACAAAGUUUUCAAACUACACAGGGGUUCUUUUGUCACCUUUCACAUUCACAGACAGUUGGUGGUCGAGUAUGUGGAGUGUUAUUUCGCCAGAUGGGAACAUGUGCUUGGAACCGAUUGGGAUUCACACGGUCUGGGAUCAAUGGAGCAAGAAUUGGAUUACAAAAUUGCCCGUUUUCCUGAGAAGUUUACUCACUAAAAACCCAUUAAAAAUAUAACACUUUUGGGAGCAUAAGGUUUAAAUCAAACAGUUAGUUAACCGAAAUAUCGCUUCUUACAUGGGCUAAAUGCGCGUACCAUUGAAUGUACAUGGCAAUGUAAACUUAGUCCACAAAGUCGUGAGAUUUCUCUGAAACUUUUUGCAAGUAUAUUUUGUUUCCAUUUUCAACUGCCAAGAAAACUGGGGAGGAGAUUCGAAACCCCCACGAGAAACUCCUCCCUCAGCUUGUCUUGUUCCCUAGGAUGUUUUGAAAUCUGAUUUAUUAGUCCCUCCAGGGCUUUCUUAAAAAUGACAAGGGCUGGAGAAAUUUAGAGCUAAUGACCGAAGCUCAAAAAUGUGAUCGUACAGUAACUGCUCUAUUUCAGAGCGGCGUUUUAGCAUUUGCAUUUUGACUUAACAAUUAAUCAGUGUUCUUCGUAGCUUUGAUAUUCGUCUAAUAUCCGAUGGGGAUUACUCUUCUCAAUCUGUUACUUUUAUAUUAUACUUUUAAAACCUUUUCUAAUGGUUGUGUUCUCUCAGUUAAACCUUAGUUUGUUCUCCUGAAAAGAUGAACCUGAAUUGUUUAAGUUCCUUAUUUGUCACUAGCAACGAAAGAACUCGCUUUCAUGAGAAAGUAUUUAUAAGUUAACUUUCGCUGGUGCUUUGUACAUCAUUCAUCAUUUCUGUUGCAUGACGAGUGAAGGAGACCCAGCCUCCAUUAAUUCCCUCAUUCUCUGACUGUUGCACUGGUUUUACUUAUAAAAAGCAAACAUGUCUUUCGUUUUUGACUAGCUUGAAAAUGUCAGUAUUUUAUGUUGCGUAGUUAUUUCUUAUUGUGCAUUAAGCAUUGCUCAAAAUUUAUAGUUCACCUGGUAAGUGAAACAGUUAUUCUCGCCGAUACCCACAAGCUAUCUUGCGUUAAAAAAUUCCUUGACAUUUCCAGAAAGUUACCUCUGGCGCUGAAAUCGGACCUACCCCCUUAAAAAAUCAAACCAUAAAAUUCUUGACGAGAUGUGUGUUUAAUUUAAUCAACCAUUCAAAGUACAGACCCUAACGUCUUGAAAUAAAAACC